UACUCUUGGAGCGAGCGUCACCAAUCCUGUGGCUUUCAAACCGGGCAACCGCUGGAGCAAAGAACAAGGGCCCUUGCCUUUUUCGAGGAGCAGUAGUCGACGAGAACAGAUUGGGAAACCACUAUCCAAACAGGAGAGAAAUGGACGCCUGUUCUCUGUGCUGUAACGAGAGCCAGUCGUGGGCCGUGGGGCCGUGCGAGCACGCUACGUGUCUAGUGUGCAGCGUGAGACUCAGGGUCCUGUGUGACCAAAGAGACUGCCCCGUCUGUAGGGAGAAACUCAACAAAGUGGUAGUCUCUGACUCUAUAAAGAGCUUCUCACUCCCCCCUCAUGGAUCCAAGGUGGACAGGAAGUACGGCUAUCAUUUCCACACCACUCAACUCUACGACCAGUACAAGUCACUCACGGCCUACUGCUGUAGCAAAUGCCGCGACAAGUCGACGUUCGGGAGUUUUGCACUACUCCGCGACCACAUGCGCAAGACCCACGGCCUCGUCUAUUGCGACAUUUGCUGCGAGAACCUCAAACUCUUUCCUUACGAGCUGCGACAGUACAGUAGACAGGAGCUGACUCGGCACCGCAGGGAAGGCGACCCAGAUGCCACCAGCUACAAGGGACACCCACUCUGCCAGUUCUGCGACUAUCGCUUCUUUGACAACGACGCGCUCCAUUCCCACCUGCGUAAAGUCCACUUCUGGUGCCACUUCUGCGAGAGCGACGGGAAACAAGACUACUAUGCCACGUAUCUGCUCCUACGAAAUCACUUCCGGGCGCAGCACUACCUGUGUGUCGAGGGAGCCUGCCAGCAGGAAAAGUUUACGUCUGUCUUCCGUACCAAGUUAGAUCUCCAGGUGCACAGAGCCAAGGCCCACAGUAGAGGAGUCACGAAGGCAGAGGCUAAACAGAUGCGGCAGCUGAACGUGGAGUUUUCAUAUGGCCGAGCCGAAGACCGAGGAGGAGGGGGCGGGGUUUAUGUGGCUGCGUCUGGUGGGAGGGGCCAGUGGCAGAAUGUCCCGCAGCGUGGUAGACAUAAUAAAACAAGGGAUAAAGACUAUGAGGAUAAGGCCAGUGGUGCUGCCCCUACCUCAGCCAGUAUCCAGUCUAAGCCCCAACAGCAGCAGAGGGACUCAAAGUCUCCACCAAACACUGGCAACUCGAGGAAACAGAGGACCCCUGAUGCUGGGGGCCAGUACAUGAGCGAGCAGCCCCCCAGAAUGAAACAGAGACAGCAACACCAGACCCCUCGUCUCCAACCAUCCACCACCACGAGUACUCCAAGUACUGAGACACUAUCUAAUACAACAGGCAACCCCAGUGACUCUAAAACCUCAACUGUAGCUUCUAAAACGGCCGCGACAAAGAAGACGGCUGCUGGUGCUUCUCAAGCUAAGAAACCACCAGGUUUUGAGAGCUCCCAGCCCACCAAGAGCCCUACAAUGAACACUGACAGUGCCAGCGAAUGGCCUGAUCUUCUUGCUCUCAAUAUAUCGCCACCAGAAGAUGAUUCAAAACAGGCUCCGACUCCAAAAAUACAGCCUCCGCGUGGCAGUUAUAAUCCCCUGGAGCCCUCAAAUUUCCCUCCCCUUAGCUUCUCCAUCGUCUCCACCGCUAACAAUAACUACGCCACCUCUGCACCACCAGCUCAGAGAAGCAGGGCAAGUUUAAGUGCUGCCGUUGCCUCGAAUAUACCUCCUGGAUUUGUCAGCCCCCAGUGGCAGUUGAUUCAACAAGACUCCAUCUAUAAAUCUCCGUCGUCUUCUAACCUCCCGGUCCAGGGAACCGCGGGCAGUGUAGGAUCAGGGGCCCUUCAACAGGGAGUCACUGAAGGCAGCGUUAUAAGUAUGGUGAGAGAAGCUCUCGGCAACGACCGCGAGAGGUUUAACUACUUUCGUAAUCUCUCCGGAUGGUACCGCAACUCGGAGAUCACCGUCCAAGAGUACGUCCUACGAUGCCGCGAGCUGUUUGGAGACUACCAGUGGAUGCUGAUAGGCCAAAAGUUGGCUCAGGUCAUGCCCAUCGAAUGCAAACGCAACGAGCUUCUUCUGAACGUCUAUGCAGGGAUGACGCAGUUGCAACAUCCCUCCGUUUCUCCGUCUGAGUACCACAACCAGUUACCGCCUUCAGCUCAACUGGUACUAAUGAACACUAGUUCGACUGCUACGCCGCCCCCUAUUCACGUCUCAAGGUCUGAACCGACUCUUUUGCAGACUAGCAGAGCUGCUAAAUGGGGCAUCAUAACAAACAGGGGCGUCCCCAAUUGGGAGAGUGAGUUGGAGUACCCCACUCUCCACCCCGGAGGAAGUUCUGCCGGACCUGGCCAUGGUUGGAUCAAAGCCAGGGUCCCCCCUGUCUGAUUAUAUCGUCAGUAUCACCUGACUGCUAAGAGCUUCAAGUUACUGUAGUGAGUAGUAUAGCAUUUUCUGACCUAAUAGUUUUAUAUUUGCUGCUUUUAAACAUGCAUUGCUGUAGAACUACCAGUGCUGGUGGUAUG